GUUCAGCACCCAAAGUCGAAGGAUAGCUCUGGCCUUUCAAUUGAAGAAAGUGCUAGAUUUGUCAGUGUUGUAUAAUAUAACCAAUUCUCAGUGUCCAUAUUUGUUUUGGAACGAUCGGAAUAGUCUUCAUUUUAUGUGAGAGACAGAACUGGCGUCAAACAUGCGUAAAAAUCAACGCUGUCCAAGCAGGGAACCACCGAGAAAGGAAUUAUCGCCGCUCAUCUGAGGCCAAUCUCGAUUAUUUUUGUCAAAUAAGGAAACAUAACAUAGCUAGCUAGCUAACGUUAGCUCCGUAGAUAGCUAGGUUACCGACAUAUCUUCACACAAAAGCAGAAUCCAGCAGAUAAUCAAGAUUGGAUCUACAUUCGCAACAGCAGGAAAACCUAUAGGCAGCAAUGGGUGCAUUCCUGGACAAGCCGAAGACGGAGAAGCAUAGUGCCCACGGUGAGGGCAAUGGGCUGCGCUAUGGCCUGAGCUCCAUGCAGGGCUGGCGGGUGGAGAUGGAGGAUGCCCACACAGCUGUGGUGGGCCUCCCCCAUGGACUCACCGACUGGUCCUUCUUUGCUGUCUAUGAUGGUCACGCAGGCUCCCGGGUGGCCAACUACUGCUCCGGCCACUUGCUGGAACACAUCUUGUCAGGAGGGGCCGACUUCAGUUCCGGAUCUGGCUCCGUGGAGGGCGUGAAGGACGGCAUCCGCUCGGGCUUCCUGAACAUUGACGAGUACAUGCGUAGCUUCUCUGACCUGCGGCAGGGCCUGGACCGCAGUGGAUCAACAGCAGUGUGCGUGUUGGUCAGCCCGACCCACCUCUACUUCAUUAACUGCGGCGACUCGCGCGCCGUGCUGAGUCGAGACACCAAGGUGGGCUUCUCCACCCAGGACCACAAGCCCUGCAACCCCCGCGAAAAGGAGCGCAUCCAGAACGCUGGCGGCUCAGUCAUGAUCCAGAGGGUAAACGGCUCCCUGGCUGUGUCCCGGGCCCUGGGGGACUACGACUAUAAAUGUGUGGAUGGUAAGGGCCCUACGGAGCAGCUGGUGAGUCCUGAGCCUGAGGUGUGUGUGUUGGAGCGGGCGGCCGAAGGAGACGAGUUUGUGGUGCUGGCAUGUGAUGGAAUCUGGGAUGUCAUGUCCAACGAGGAGCUGUGUGAGUUUGUCCGCUCACGACUCCUGGUGUGUGAUGACCUGGAGAAGGUCUGUAACUCAGUGGUGGACACCUGUCUGCAUAAGGGGAGCAGGGACAAUAUGAGUGUGGUGCUGGUGUGUUUACCCGGAGCUCCCAAGAUCUCAGAGGAGGCUGUGAAGAAAGAAGAGGAAUUGGAUAAGUACCUGGAGACCCGUGUUGAGGAGUUACUGGGGAACUGCGGGGAGGGGGGAGUCCCUGACCUGGUGUCGGUCCUGAGGAGCAUUGCCACAGAGAACAUCCCCAACCUUCCACCUGGCGGAGGCCUGGCCAGCAAACGGAGUGUGAUCGAGGCGGUGUACAACAAGCUGAACCCUCACAGAGAAGAGGAAGGGAGCGCCGGUGAGCUGGAAGACCCCUGGUAGCCUUGGCAACGACCCCUGUCUCCUCCUGGUGAUCGGUGCAUCCGCCCCGAGGAGGAGUGUCUCUCCAUUGCGCCAUGUCUUUCUCCACUAAAAAGAGGACAUGUGGUGUGUGUUGGAGUGCGUGAGUGUGCGUAUGUUGGUUGUGCAUGUGUGUGUGUGUGUGUGUGUGUGUGUGCAGCAGUGGGACAAAGACAACGACGACAACAACUACACACACGCAUACUGCUUUAAACCUGGAGGAAAACAAAAAAUCACUUUUCAGAAAUGUCAAGAUUUUAUGAACUGAAACAUUGUGAUGGUAGAGAUGAUUUUUACCAUUGAGGUGUUUUUUUUUCUUUUCUUGAAUGUUGACAUCGAACUCCUGACUUCACAAUGACGUAAGGACCUAUAGCGUGCGCGUAUGUUUGUGUGUGCGAGAGAGAGUUUGUGUGUGAGAGUGUUUUGAGGAGGGCCAAGAGAAGACAGACGGUGCAUAAAGACUUUGUAUGUAAUUCUUCUUCUCCUGGACUUUUUUUUUUUUUUUUUUUUUUUUUUUGUGCUCCUGAGUCUGAUAUUUGCCUAACACCUUUGCUUCUCCCCUCUUAAAAAAAGACACACACACUCUCUCUAACACACACAGACACAUCAUUUAAAAAAAAACAAAAAAAACAAAACAUAAACACCCCCCCUCCCACCCUCACUUCCACCUGUGCACGUAUGUGAUGUGCCACCUUCGCAGGGCACUGCAUGAGGACUUUGGUUCUACAUGUACAGCUACGUGGUUUUCUAGUCGACCCGGAUGGACAGCCAUUGGUUGAGACUGACUGAACCCGAAGGCUGAUUGGCUCCUGCCGUGUGAGAAGUGGAAAUGAUUUGGAUUUUUUUAAUUUUUUUUUUUUGUUGUUGUUGUUGAUACUAUUAGGAUAAUGACGAUGAUAAUCAUGAUGGGGAAAAAUGGGAGGUUAUCUAGUUCACUGAAGAGCCGAGUGCAAGUUGGACUCAUGGAGGCGGGGUGGUGGGUCGGGUGGGGGGUUUUGGGGGGGGGGCGGGCGGGGCUGUUGUAUCACUGGUUGGACUUAGGGCAGGAGGGUGGUGGGUCAAACGGGCUUCCCCACCUCCCUCCCCACCAUCAUGGUUGGAAGUACACAUGACGGCGGACUGUCCUGACAGAGGAAAGUUUUUUUUUUUUUUUUUUUUUUAAUGUUGUCCAUGAGGUUACUAGCUGCUCGCUAUGUAGAGUGAGUGAACUCCCUGUUUUAACCCUGUUCCUGGUUCUCAGACUGCAUUGGUAAUGUUUGUAUUGCUGUUGUUUGAUUGCACUCACAUUUGAUUACAGAAAGCGUCUAUAUAUGAAAUAAAAUACCUGCCAAGGAUCCAGUGGUGACUGCG